AUGGCUGAACACUUCUUUAAAGCGAGUAAAUGUGCGGUCUGCCUGACGUACCUGGACAACUCCAGGUACUUGAAAUGUGGCUUUGGCUGGUGCUUCCGCUGCCUGGAUUCGCUGCAGAAGGCGCCCGGCGCGGAGGGCUUGCUGUGCCGCAACUGUUUGGUGGUCUCCCAGAAGACUGACCUCAGGAGCGUGCUGCAGCUCAGAGCACUAGUGUGCAAGGUCAGCCUCGAGCCCCAGCUGAGAGCCGUCCCCCAGAUGAACCCAAGGGUCCGCAAGUUCUCCGUGGACGUGCCAAUGGACGUUGACACGACCACCAAGCACCUCAUCAUUUCUGAGGGCCUGAGAACUGUCCGCCGCGGGUUUACAAGCAGCAGAAGGAGCCGAGACCUGAGAGAGACGGAGCCGUGUUCUCCGCCUGCCCGAGCCUUCCUGCACCGCGCUCAGGGUGAGCCCCGGCUGCACCGAGCGGGGGUCUUCCUGAACGUCGGGAUCGGUUCCUUCUACCACGUUGGCGAGGGGUCCCAUAUCUUUACAUUCACUCAAGUUCCCGCCCCGGAGCCGCUGUGUCCGUUUUGAUCCGCAUCGCAUCCGAGCCGGGACGACCAGAGCUUCCUGAGGAUCUACCGUGUGAGUCUGGGCGCUGGCGGUCCUCGCCGAAUCCGGGCCAAAGCGAGUGACACCGACCGCCGAGGCGCCGGAGAGAACUCUCGUGUGCGCGUGGCUGUGUCGGGACGUCCCCGUUUGCUGCCCGCGUGGCGCAGAAGCGCAGCAGAGAACUACAGAACAGUUCAUGAAUCACUAACACAAAUUGCAUGA